GUAUCUGUUCAAGUGGAGAUAAUCCAUGCAAAUCAGGAGCCCUGGCUCUCAAUGCCUGGUUCACAGAGAGGACUCAGCUUGAGGAGGUCACUCGUUCACAGCCGCUCCUCCCAUUAUAUUUUUCCCCUUAUUGCAGAACUGCUGUAUGUAUACAGUGACUGAAAGGACUCAAUUUACUGCAACUGCUGCCUGGCUUUACUUACAACUUUUUUUUUUAUAAAGGAACUUACCUCCAUCUGUCUUUUCAAGUUUCAGGGUAGAAAGGCUCCCUUUAACUCCUGAAGACAGUAAAUCACAGUCAGUGUGGUGGUUCUCAGAAGACACUUAAAGGACUAAACUGGAUGCUCUACAUAGCACCCUUGCCAAAAGGGUUCGGAAAUGACUUCCAGCUUCCCACAGUAAUAAAAUGGCACUGUUUGGCAUCUUCGAGGUUACAGACCACUUACUCUAAACUUCACAAAUGGUUCUGAAGAGUAUGGAGCCUACGUAGACUCAUAAGAGCCCAAUGUUUCCAAAGGAUAUUAAUUUUGAUUUCUCUGAUGAAGGCCUGUGGCUGUUCUUAGGCUUUACAAAACAUUACGAAAUCAGAGCCGAAAAGAAAACUUUGGAAUUUGAAGGGAGCUUGAUAACUGUGUUCUAUGUGGAUCCAGCAUUACAACUGAUAAGGGUAUUUAUGGCACAAUGAAAAAUUUCAUCUUUCCCAGAAUGAUAUGAGGAUCAAUGAUGCAGACUGCUGGUUUUGAUGAAGCUGGGCAUUUAUAACUAGAUUCAUUAAGGAAUACAAAGAAAAUAUUUAAAGGGAUCAAUAAUGGUGUCUUCUGGUUGCAGAAUGCGAAGUCUGUGGUUUAUCAUUGUAAUCAGCUUCUUACCGAAUACAGAAGGUUUCAGCAGAGCAGCUUUACCAUUUGGGCUGGUGAGGCGAGAAUUAUCCUGUGAAGGUUAUUCUAUAGAUCUGCGAUGCCCGGGCAGUGAUGUCAUCAUGAUUGAGAGCGCUAACUAUGGUCGGACGGAUGACAAGAUUUGUGAUGCUGACCCAUUUCAGAUGGAGAAUACAGACUGCUACCUCCCCGAUGCCUUCAAAAUUAUGACUCAAAGGUGCAACAAUCGAACACAGUGUAUAGUAGUUACUGGGUCAGAUGUGUUUCCUGAUCCAUGUCCUGGAACAUACAAAUACCUUGAAGUCCAGUAUGAGUGUGUCCCUUACAUGGAGCAAAAAGUUUUUGUGUGUCCUGGGACCUUGAAAGCAAUUGUGGACUCACCAUGUAUAUAUGAAGCUGAACAAAAGGCAGGUGCUUGGUGCAAGGACCCUCUUCAGGCUGCAGAUAAAAUUUAUUUCAUGCCCUGGACUCCCUAUCGUACCGAUACUUUAAUAGAAUAUGCUUCUUUAGAAGAUUUCCAAAAUAGUCGCCAAACAACAACGUAUAAACUUCCAAAUCGAGUAGAUGGUACUGGAUUUGUGGUAUAUGAUGGUGCUGUCUUCUUUAACAAAGAGAGAACGAGGAAUAUUGUGAAAUUUGACUUGAGGACUAGAAUUAAGAGUGGUGAGGCCAUAAUUAACUAUGCCAACUACCAUGAUACCUCCCCAUACAGGUGGGGAGGAAAGACUGAUAUCGACCUAGCAGUUGAUGAAAAUGGCUUGUGGGUCAUUUAUGCCACUGAACAGAACAAUGGAAUGAUAGUUAUUAGCCAGCUGAAUCCAUACACUCUUCGAUUCGAAGCAACGUGGGAGACUGUGUACGACAAACGUGCCGCAUCAAAUGCUUUUAUGAUAUGUGGAGUCCUCUAUGUGGUUAGGUCAGUUUAUCAAGACAAUGAAAGUGAAACAGGCAAGAACACAAUUGAUUACAUUUAUAAUACCCGAUUAAACCGAGGAGAAUAUGUAGAUGUUCCUUUCCCCAACCAGUAUCAGUAUAUUGCUGCAGUGGAUUACAAUCCAAGAGAUAACCAACUUUACGUGUGGAACAAUAACUUCAUUUUACGGUAUUCUCUGGAGUUUGGUCCACCUGAUCCUGCCCAAGUGCCUACCACAGCUGUGACAAUAACUUCUUCAGCUGAGCUGUUCAAAACCACAAUAUCAACCACAAGCACUACUUCACAGAAAGGCCCCAUGAGCACAACUGUAGCUGGAUCACAGGAAGGAAGCAAAGGGACAAAACCACCUCCAGCAGUUUCUACAACCAAAAUUCCACCUGUAACAAAUAUUUUUCCCCUGCCAGAGAGAUUCUGUGAAGCGUUAGACUCCAAGGGGAUAAAGUGGCCUCAGACACAAAGGGGGAUGAUGGUUGAACGACCAUGCCCCAAGGGAACAAGAGGAACUGCCUCGUAUCUCUGCAUGGUUUCCACUGGAACAUGGAACCCUAAGGGCCCCGAUCUUAGCAACUGUACCUCACACUGGGUAAAUCAGCUGGCUCAGAAGAUCAGAAGUGGAGAAAAUGCUGCUAGUCUUGCCAAUGAACUGGCAAAACAUACCAAAGGGCCAGUGUUUGCUGGAGAUGUAAGUUCUUCAGUGAGAUUGAUGGAGCAGUUGGUGGAUAUCCUUGAUGCGCAGCUGCAGGAACUGAAACCUAGUGAAAAAGAUUCAGCGGGACGGAGUUAUAACAAGCUCCAAAAACGAGAGAAGACAUGCAGGGCUUACCUUAAGGCAAUUGUUGACACAGUGGACAACCUUCUGAGACCUGAAGCUUUGGAAUCAUGGAAACAUAUGAAUUCUUCUGAACAAGCACAUACUGCAACAAUGUUACUCGAUACAUUGGAAGAAGGAGCUUUUGUCCUAGCUGACAAUCUUUUAGAACCAACAAGGGUCUCAAUGCCUACAGAAAAUAUUGUCCUGGAAGUUGCCGUACUCAGUACAGAAGGACAGAUCCAAGACUUUAAAUUUCCUCUGGGCAUCAAAGGAGCAGGCAGCUCAAUCCAGCUCUCUGCAAAUACAGUCAAACAGAACAGCAGGAAUGGGCUUGCAAAGUUGGUGUUCAUCAUUUACCGGAGUCUGGGACAGUUCCUUAGUACAGAAAAUGCAACCAUUAAACUAGGUGCUGACUUUCUUGGUCGUAAUAGCACCAUUGCAGUGAAUUCUCACGUCAUUUCAGUUUCCAUCAAUAAAGAGUCCAGCCGAGUAUACCUGACUGAUCCUGUGCUUUUUACCCUGCCACACAUUGAUCCUGACAAUUAUUUCAAUGCAAACUGCUCCUUCUGGAACUACUCAGAGAGAACUAUGAUGGGAUAUUGGUCUACCCAGGGCUGCAAGCUGGUUGACACUAAUAAAACUCGAACAACGUGUUCAUGCAGCCACCUAACCAAUUUUGCAAUUCUCAUGGCCCACAGGGAAAUUGCAUAUAAAGAUGGAGUUCAUGAAUUACUUCUUACAGUCAUCACCUGGGUGGGAAUUGUCAUUUCCCUUGUUUGCCUGGCUAUCUGCAUCUUCACCUUCUGCUUUUUCCGUGGCCUACAGAGCGACCGAAAUACUAUUCACAAGAACCUUUGUAUCAACCUUUUCAUUGCUGAAUUUAUUUUUUUAAUAGGCAUUGAUAAGACAAAAUAUGCGAUUGCAUGCCCAAUAUUUGCAGGACUUCUACACUUUUUCUUUUUGGCAGCUUUUGCUUGGAUGUGCCUAGAAGGUGUGCAGCUCUAUCUAAUGUUAGUUGAAGUUUUUGAAAGUGAAUAUUCAAGGAAAAAAUAUUACUAUGUUGCUGGUUACUUGUUUCCUGCCACAGUGGUUGGAGUUUCAGCUGCUAUUGACUAUAAGAGCUAUGGAACAGAAAAAGCUUGCUGGCUUCAUGUUGAUAACUACUUUAUAUGGAGCUUCAUUGGACCUGUUACUUUCAUUAUUCUGCUAAAUAUUGUCUUCCUGGUGAUCACAUUAUGCAAAAUGGUGAAGCAUUCAAACACUUUGAAACCAGAUUCUAGCAGGUUGGAAAACAUUAAGUCUUGGGUGCUUGGCGCUUUUGCUCUUCUGUGUCUUCUUGGCCUCACCUGGUCAUUUGGGUUGCUUUUUAUUAACGAGGAGACUAUUGUGAUGGCAUAUCUCUUCACCAUAUUUAAUGCUUUCCAGGGAGUGUUCAUUUUCAUCUUUCACUGUGCUCUCCAAAAGAAAGUACGAAAAGAAUAUGGCAAGUGCUUCAGACAUUCAUACUGCUGUGGAGGCCUCCCAACUGAGAGUCCCCACAGUUCAGUGAAGGCAUCAACCACCAGAACCAGUGCUCGGUAUUCCUCUGGCACACAGAGUCGUAUAAGAAGAAUGUGGAAUGAUACUGUGAGAAAACAAUCUGAAUCUUCUUUUAUCUCAGGUGACAUCAAUAGCACUUCAACACUUAACCAAGGAAUGACUGGCAAUUACCUACUAACAAACCCUCUUCUUCGACCCCACGGCACUAACAACCCCUAUAACACAUUGCUCGCUGAAACAGUUGUAUGUAAUGCCCCUUCAGCUCCUGUAUUUAACUCACCAGGACAUUCACUGAACAAUGCCAGGGAUACAAGUGCCAUGGAUACUCUACCGCUAAAUGGUAAUUUUAACAACAGCUACUCGCUGCGCAAGGGUGACUAUAAUGACAGUGUGCAAGUUGUGGACUGUGGACUAAGUCUGAAUGAUACUGCUUUUGAGAAAAUGAUCAUUUCAGAAUUAGUGCACAACAACUUACGGGGCAGCAGCAAGACUCACAACCUCGAGCUCACCUUACCAGUGAAACCUGUGAUUGGAGGUAGCAGCAGUGAAGAUGAUGCUAUUGUGGCAGAUGCUUCAUCUUUAAUGCACAGCGACAACCCAGGGCUGGAGCUCCAUCACAAAGAACUCGAGGCACCGCUUAUUCCUCAGCGGACUCACUCCCUUCUGUACCAACCCCAGAAGAAAGUGAAGUCCGAGGGAACUGACAGCUAUGUCUCCCAGCUGACAGCAGAGGCUGAACAUCACCUACAGUCCCCCAACAGAGACUCUCUUUACACAAGCAUGCCCAACCUUAGAGACUCUCCCUAUCCAGAGAGCAGCCCUGACAUGGAAGAAGACCUCUCUCCCUCCAGGAGGAGUGAGAAUGAGGACAUUUACUAUAAAAGCAUGCCAAAUCUUGGAGCUGGCCAUCAGCUUCAGAUGUGCUACCAGAUCAGCAGGGGCAAUAGUGAUGGUUAUAUAAUCCCAAUUAACAAAGAAGGGUGUAUUCCAGAAGGAGAUGUUAGAGAAGGACAAAUGCAGCUGGUUACAAGUCUUUAAUCGUACAGCUAAGGAAUUCUGAGGGCCACAUGCAAGUAUUAAUAAAGACUCCAUUGGCCUGAUGCAGCUCCCUCAAACUCUGCUUGAAGAGAUGACUCUUGACCUGUGGUUCUCCAGUGUAAAAAAGAUGACUGAACCUUGCAGUUCUGUGAAUUUUUAUAAAACAUACAAAAACUUUGUAUAUACACAGAGUAUACUAAAAUGAAUUAUUUGUUACAAAGAAAAGAGAUGCCAACCAGGUAUUUUAAGAUUCUGCUGCUGUUUAGAGAAAUUGUGAAACAAGCAAAACGAAACUUUCCAGCCAUUUUACUGCAGCAAUCUGUGAACUAAAUUUGUAAAUAUGGCUGCACCAUUUUGUAGGCCUGCAUUGUAUUAUAUACAAGACGUAGGCUUUAAAAUCCUGUGGGACAAAUUUACUGUACCUUACUAUUCCUGACAAGACUUGGAAAAGCAGGAGAGAUAUUCUGCAUCAGUUUGCAGUUCACUGCAAAUCUUUUACAUUAAGGCAAAGAUUGAAAACAUGCUUAACCACUAGCAAUCAAGCCACAGGCCUUAUUUCAUAUGUUUCCUCAACUGUACAAUGAACUAUUCUCAUGAAAAAUGGCUAAAGAAAUUAUAUUUUGUUCUAUUGCUAGGGUAAAAUAAAUACAUUUGUGUCCAACUGAAAUAUAAUUGUCAUUAAAAUAAUUUUAAAGAGUGAAGAGAAUAUUGUGAAAAGCUCUUGGUUGCACAUGUUAGGAAAUGUUUUUUCUUACACUUUGUCAUGGUAAGUUCUACCCAUUUUCACUUCUUUUCCACUGUAUACAGUGUUCUGCUUUGACAAGUUAGUCUUUAUUACUUACAUUUAAAUUUCUUAUUGCCAAAAGAACGUGUUUUAUGGGGAGAAAAAGACUCUUCCAAGCCAGUUAUGCCAUGCCUUGCACAGAAGUGGUGAAAUCUAGAAAAGAUUGUGUGUCACCCCUCUGUUUAUUCUUGAACAGAGGGCAAAGAGGGCACUGGGCACUUCUCACAAACUUUCUAGUGAACAAAAGGUGCCUAUUCUUUUUUAAAAAAAUAAAAUAAAACAUAAAUAUUACUCUUCAUAUUCCUUCUGCCUAUAUUUAGUAAUUAAUUUAUUUUAUGAUAAAGUUCUAAUGAAAUGUAAAUUGUUUCAGCAAAAUUCUGCUUUUCUUUUCAUCCCUUUGUGUAAACUUGUUAAUAAUGAGCCCAUCACUAAUAUCCAGUGUAAAGUUUAACACGGUUUGACAGUAAAUAAAUGUGAAUUUUUUCAAGUAGUUAACAUGUGAACUCUUAUGUAUGAUACAUAAUUGGCUUUAACAUGUUGGUCCCUUCCCACCUUGGUUUAAGUAAUGUCAUACCAAAGCCCAGGGAUAUAUAAAAGGAUACAAUUAAGUUGCCUGUUUGUUCUUUAUGCUGAAAAGAACGUGUGUCUUCUAAUUUCCCACUACAUAUGCACAAAAUCUGUUGGAUAAGUUUUAAGAGGGAUAUAUUCUGAAAGGAUUUUUGUUUGUUGCAUUGUACCAGGACUAAAAAAAGAAGAGUUGGAAGUUCUAUCAAAUUUGGGCAUCACAAAAAGUUUUUAACUGAUUUUUUUAACUGAUUGUUCAGCAGUAUUGGGAAAUUUCUUAAACAUACUUUAAGGAUUAUAAAUACCCUACAGAUAGCUGUGAAUACCAAUAUUCAUUACCCUGGAAAAGUUUUACUCCAAGUUCAAAAAUCAUAUAAUUGAAUAUCAAAAAACAGAUUUUUUCUGUUUGUAUCAUAAGCAUUUAUACAAAAUUAUUCUAAAGCUUAAUGGUUCUCUCUAAUUCUCAGAUACUGCCACUAGCUUAUAAAUCGCUUACUUUUAUGUGGACACACACAUGCCUAUUGAAUUUUAAAAGGAAUGAGAUUUAAAAAUUAAGUGCAUAUAUAUAUGUGUAUAUAUAUAUAUAUAUAUAUAUUUUUUUUUUUUUUUUUUUUUUUUUUUUUUUAAAGAGUGUCCCUCUGUCACCCAGGCUGGAGUGCAGUAGUGUGAUCUCGGCUCACUGCAACCUCCACCUCCCAGGUUCUCAAACAGAUUUAACAAUCCUCUGAGAAGGGUACUCAUUUCUUUGGCUAAAAUUCUGGGAUUUAUGAACUUUGCUUGCUAAAGGAGGGCAUUAGAUAAUCAAGUAUUUUUAAUUUUCUAUCUUGUUAUGCUUUUUAUUUUGAAUGCCUAAAACCAUACAGUAUUGUGUGAUGUGUACUUCCUAGUACACAAGCUACCUAGAGUCAGGCUGGUUCAGUAAUAAAUUUUUUAAAGGCAGCACUGAUUAUUCAGUUAGCCCUGUUUCUUUCUCUUGAGGCAGUUCUCAAAACUCUAAAGACAUGAACAGUGCAUAUAGUACCUAAAUGGCUACUGUUCUCUAAUGUCUUUAUCCUAUGGAUUCAAUUUGGAAACCAUCAUUGAUCUUUGGCAUCAAAAGAAGAGUCAUUUUAAAACAUUUCUUUUCAAAAAUAUAUAAAUGUUGCCUUAAAUUCCAUCUAGGAUUCCCCUAGUACAAGAUAGUUUCUUAGGUUUAUAAUUAUUAAACUACUGUUUUAAUGCAGAUGCAUUGUUGUAUUUAUUAAUCUGGUUUCUCAGGAUCUGCCCAGACUUCACCUGAAUGUACAGUUUUCACAUUCUUGAUUGUUUUCUCUUUGUGAUAAGUUCACAACUGUGAACUUAUAAAGUCACAUUAUUAUAGUUCUUCCUAGGGACAUUCACUCUGUUAGUCUUUAUUUAAAAAAAAAAAAAUCAUAAUAUUAUCUUGUU